UGGGCGCUCAUUGGACGGCGAGCCUAUAUAAAUUACUGCAGUGCUGUAAGUCAGAGCAGACAGCUGCAGACUGACGCUGUGGACUACACCCGAGAGCCGGAGGCAACUGGCUGAGGACCUACAUCUCUACUGAACGUCGUUUUGCGGCGUUUUUUGCCUGGCUGUGGUUAAUAAACUCCAUAUUCGCCAUGAAAGAGAGGAGAAUUACACAGCCGCUUGUGGUCAGAUGUAAACUGGUGCUCGUUGGGGAUGUUCAAUGCGGAAAAACGGCAAUGUUGCAAGUGUUGGCCAAGGACUGUUAUCCAGAGACGUACGUGCCGACAGUGUUUGAAAACUACACAGCCUGCCUGGAACUAGAAGAGCAACGAGUGGAGUUGAGUCUCUGGGAUACAUCAGGGUCCCCGUACUACGACAACGUGAGGCCCCUGUGCUACAGCGACUCGGACGCUGUGCUCCUGUGCUUCGACGUCAGCCGGCCCGACACUGUGGACAGUGCGCUGAAGAAGUGGAAGACAGAAAUCCUGGACUUCUGCCCCAGCACUCGCAUCCUCCUCAUCGGCUGCAAGACAGAUCUGCGCACGGACGUGUGCACGCUGAUGGAGCUGUCCAAUCAGAAGCAGACGCCCAUCUCCCACGAGCAGGGCUCAGCCUUGGCUAAGCAGCUGGGUGCCGAGGCCUACCUCGAGUGCUCGGCCUUUACUUCCGAGAAGAGCAUCCACAGCGUCUUCCGAACAGCCGCCCUGGCCUGCAUCAAUAAGCUGCAGCCGGCUGCCAAGGCCAGCCCGUCCCGCCGCCUCUCCAAAAGACUGCUUCACCUCCCCAGCAGAUCCGAGCUGCUCACCUCCACCUUCAAGAAGGAGAAGGCCAAGAGCUGCUCGGUGAUGUGAGCGGGGGCCCUGGCCAUCUUCCCAGCUCCCUGUGACCGCCGCCGCUCUUCAGGUUGGAGGGGGGCGGGGUUAGCAGGGGAGGGGGGGGUUAUAGGGGGUGGCCCCACAAGAUCAGCGACAAAGGGCUCCUUCUUGAACCCCUUCCCCCCCCCCCGCGCUCUGCAAUCCCUCAGACAACCGGAAAUCCGCUGUCCACAAGCCGUUGAUCUGUACACUGCAUUACGAUUUUGCUUGCCCCUGUUCCUGCUCUCGUAUGAGGUGUAAUCAUCGGCAUUUAACCCCCCCCCCCAGAUUUGCUUUGUACAAACUCAAAAAAAGAAAAAAAUAACUGAUGAGGGUGUUUCCAGACUUCCUUGAGCCGCACGAUGAAUUAGCGAAACCCGGAGUGGGAACGCAUACAUGUGUGUGAAUAUCAACGUUGUGACGUUCACGCCUUUAAGGCGGUCUAGUGAAUACGUGUGGAGCGUAUGACAUCCUCCCAUUUUACUGUAAAAAGCUUAUUGCCCACCUUAAGAGAAUUAUGCACUUUAUGGUCUGAAUUACUGAGCUGCACAUAUCUGAAACUCAAAAGGGCGAGUUGGUUUACAGUAGGGCUCUGAGUCCUCUUCUCCGCUGUAGCAGAUGGAUGUUGGAAGAAGGAGAGAUCUGACAGUAACCCAACUCCUAAAAAAUGAAAAUCACGGGUUUGUUGCACGUGCAUGCGUGUCUGUGCGUCCUGCGUGGUCAUAACACAAAAAUAACGGUGAACGGUGAUUUGAGCUGCAGAUCAGAAAUCGUAGCAAGAUGUUACGUAAUCUAAGCAUGGGCCACAUAGGAGUCUCACCUGCCAGUGAGACCCAGAGACCCAAACCCGGGAGUGGAUCGGAAUGGCUCCACAGCGCCCCCUAGGUUACACACAGUGGCAUGACAGGAGGUGUCACAUUUGAAGGCUUUCCAUAGCAGAAAGGGAAUGGCAGCUUUUGCAUCUAAAUGACAGCCAGGGGCUCCCGCCUUACCAUUUCGGGCAGCUACAUUUCUGGGAUGGACGGUGGGAAAUUCUGAGAAUGUGGAAUCGCACCUGACUUUUUGCUCGUAAGAACCUAAGAACAGACGGUGGGUUCCUCGCAGCGGGGGGAACCAAUAUUCCUUCGGUUACAUGGGAGGCAUUAUAAGGAACGCCCUGUCUGUCGCUGGGGGGGGGGGGGGGGGGAAGGAUUGAAAAUCCCUCUAAGUGACAGGCAGAUGAGUUUCUGAUCCAUCCCGUCGGAGGAAACCCAAAUCGCACUGCCAGACGAGGAGGGAGAUUAUUUGCACGGCCAGCUGCAUGCAAUGUGACUCUCCAUGUUAACGAUCUGAUCACCAGGCAGAAAUCGUUUAGACUGAGGGGAAAAUGUGUGAAUCACACAUGCCUGUUUAAUUGAUACUGGAAAACCAAGGAUCAUAUUGUAUGUGUCAUGUUGUUUCUCUCUCUCUCUCUUUUUAAUCUGACAUUGAUUUUUACAGUCUGCUAAGCAGUCUCAUGUCAGUCAUGCUUUCCAGAUAUUUCUGUAAAACCUGCAAUAGCUUUACCAUACCUUUGCUUUUGCUGAUAUAUAUAUAGAAAGCACCUCCAGAUCUGUAUUCUCUUUCUAUCCAUUGGUCGAUUUUACGUAAGUGGUUAUCCUGUAUGGGGUCAUAGUGAGUCUGGCAUCUAUCGCAGAAAGCAGAGGUCACCCUGGAUGGGGUGCCAGUCUGUGAUAGAGCUCACUGAAUUCUCAUUUACAUGGCUAAAUGCCUUUCCUGAUCUUGCACUUCCUACAAAUGCAGAAUCUCCUUCAGAUAUGCAACUGAGGGCCGUUUAUUUGGAGGAUUAACCCACGUUAAUCUUUUAACUUUCAAUCCUGACCUUUGCGGUUAUGUAACAUAAGGAGAAUUAAUCCAUAACUUGACUUCCAAGCACCGAUUUUAAGCCCCUUGCAAUCCACUGUAUGCUUGGAGACAUGAACGAUGCAGCUUUGGCAGUGAAAAUGUCACCUAGCAUCUUAUUUGCCCUGUCAGGUAUUGCUGUUGCUUCACGCAGGCGGGAUAACAGCGGUUAUCUCAGCUCCGGACCAACCGUGAAACUGAACAGCGGUUCCAGACCUUGUAAAUACUCAACCAUGACCAACGCAGCCGCGUACCUUACACCCUGACCAAAGUUGGCAUGACAUAAUCUCAAGAGGUGAAAUCACUAGGGCUUAUGGGAUGGGUGAGCGGUCGAGUGCACAAAACAACCAGUGCAGGGACGGAAUAUGUCAUCCUACAUAGUAUCACAAGAUGGGAGUGCAAUGGUCAUGCCAUUAUAUGCAUUAAAGUCCAGUAAACUCUGUACUCCCAGACACUGUUGAGGAGGACGCAUUUUGUGAUGAGAAGAUAAUGGGAGGCAAUGCUGGAAGAGCUUUGAGAUCUGGACAGAAAUGAGCAGGCUGGUCCUGUUUUUUUCCCCCACCCUCGUAUUAAUCUUUACUGCUAAGUCAUUAAUUGUGUGUUAUUUUUUCCCUUUUAUAAAUCCACAAACCAUGCCUUUCUCAGUUUUAGUUAGCUCUUUUCACUGAAGCCGCAACACAUUCUGGAGCUGGUGGACGGCACCUGCUAUCUGCGACUUCAAGAAGUGAUUUGCACAUACACUGCUCUUUGGACGUACGCUGAAAAUUUUUGCGUUGCCUAGCAACAGUCAGAGCAGGGGCAACCUAAGAAAGGCUCUCGGAUUCAGGGGAGCAUUUCGUGGAGGGAGCCGAGGAGAAGAGAGGGAGUGAAUUCCAAAGGGACUCAUUGUAGCAAAAAACAAUACCACUGCUUAAACUGAUGACUGUCGUUUCAAGAAAUUGAUCAGUGAGUCGUCCCAGAAGUCUAUUUCCAUGACUUUUUGGUGUUAAUCAAACACGGUGGUCCGGACCAUUGCAUGUGACAAAUACCCAAUUCAGAUAAGCUCAAUUUCAUUGAAUAUGCAGUCAUUGUCUUGUAGUGGAAGCCUUUUCGUCUUUGUCUCAGUACCUUGUCAUUGUUAGAUGAACAGUCUGGUUGUACAUAUCCUGUUUUAUAAUCUUUGUAAAACUCCUGGAAGAAUAUUGGACAAUAAAAAAAGACAAUGGUUGUGUGAUGUAAAAUAUUCUUAUUUAUGAAUUAAAUGUCUGAGGUUAAAUGUUGCUAUUUUGUUUUUAUUUCACAUGCUUGUUUGUAAUUUAUUUGUAAUCUAUUUUUAAAUGGACAUGAAUUCUCCUUCGGUUUUUGUCGUUUUAUUUUAAUAAAGCCUACCUUGUUCAGCAACA